AUGUGGCGUUUUGGAUUUGAUGUACCAGUUAAUUAUAAUGAUAUGAGUAAUUAUUGUGGCGGAAAAGAAAAUCAAUGGACUGUGCAGAAAGGUCAAUGUGGUGUUUGUGGAGAUCCAUUUCAAGGUAGAUUUUAUCAUUGUCUUGUUUUUUUUUGUUCAAUUGAAUUUCUAGGUCCUCAUGAUCAUGAGGAUGGUGGUAUAUAUGCAACAGGUAUCAUAGGUCGUACAUAUGAAUCAAGUACAACGAUCAAUACAACAAUUGAUAUUACUGCUAAUCAUUUUGGUUAUUUUGAAUUUCGAUUAUGUCCACUUGAUAUGGGACAUUCUCGUCGGCCGCGUCGUUUAACUCAGCAAUGUCUAGAUCAAUAUCUUUUAAAAAUUGGUCCAAGUGAUUCGAAAUCAAAUGGAGAUGAUACUCGAUAUUAUUUACCUCAUGGAAAUAAAUCAUAUUUUUAUGUUCCUGUUGAAUUACCUGCAGAAAUAACUUCGUGUGAGCAUUGUGUUCUUCAAUGGAAAUAUCAUGCUGGAAAUACAUGGGGAAAAGAUCACAAAGGAAGAAAAUGCUUAGGAUGUGCUGAUCAACAAGAAGAAUUUUAUAAUUGUGCUGAUAUUGCAAUUGUUGAAGGAUCAUCAAAUGAAUUGAUUACACCAGCUUAUGAUGAUAAUAGCACAACGGCAGGAAAUAGUGAAAAACCGAUAUCAUCAUCAUCAUCAUCAUCAUUUAUCUUUCUUGGUACAACAUUUUUUAUCGCGGCAAAACGUGAUCCAAAUCUUGAUCGAGAAGUUCAAGAAUGGAUUGAAGCUAUAAUUGGAGAGAAAUUUCCCGAUGUUCCUUAUGAAGAAGCGCUUAAGGACGGUGUUGUUCUAUGCAAACUAAUGAAUAAACUUCAACCAAAUGCUAUUCCGAAAUAUACGACAUCAGGUGGAUCAUUUAAAUUUCGCGAAAACAUUUCACUUUUUCAAAAUGCUGCUCGUAACUAUGGUCUAACAGAUCCUGAACUUUUUCAAACUAUUGAUCUUUUUGAGAAACGCAAUAUUCCGCAAGUAUCUCGGUGUUUAUUUGCACUUAGUCGACAAAUUGCAGGAAAGCGUAGCACAGAUCUAGAUCAUGAAGCUCAAGAAUGGGUUGAAGCUGUCAUCGGAGAGAAAUUUCCAAAGUGUGCUUAUGAAGAUGCACUUAAGGAUGGCAUUAUCUUGUGCAAAUUGAUAAAUAAACUUCAACCAGGUUCUGUCUCAAAAAUUUGUACAUCAGGUGGAGGUUUUAAAUUACGUGAAAAUGUAUCUGCUUUUCAAGCGGCUGCUCGUGCUUAUGGUCUACCUGAUGCUGAACUUUUUCAAACAGUAGAUCUUUUUGAAAAACGUAAUAUUCCUCAAGUAACACAAUGUAUUCAUGCAUUAGGUCGACAUGCACAAAGAAAAAAAUUUACCGGACCAACACUUGGACCUAAAAUGUCUGACAGUAAUCAACGUGAUUUUAGUGAUGAGCAAUUACGUGCUGGACAAAGUAUGGUUGGUUUACUCAAUGAAGGCAUGAAUAAAGGUGCAAAUCAAUCUGGCCAAAAUUUUGGUUUAUCACGUCACAUUUAA